UUUGUGUCCCCCCUCCUCUCCCUCCGCCUCCUCUCUCCCUCUGGCUCCCUCCCCUCCCCUGUCUUUGUCAUCCUCGUUGCCUCCGCAGCCUCCCUCCUGAUCUCCUUCAAUGGUGACCGCCUGCCCCUCAGCCAGGCAGGGAGACGGAGCGAGAAGGGCCCGCCAGGCCCUGCCCGAGGUGUGACCCCAUGGCCUCCCCCAGGACCGUAACCAUCGUGGCUCUCUCGGUGGCCCUGGGGCUCUUCUUCGUCUUCAUGGGGACCAUCAAGUUGACCCCCCGGCUCAGCAAGGAUGCGUAUAGCGAGAUGAAACGCGCUUACAAGAGCUAUAUCCGGGCCCUUCCCCUGCUGAAGAAGAUGGGGGUGAGCUCCAUCCUCCUCCGCAAGAGCAUCGGGGCUCUGGAGGUGGCCUGCGGCAUCGUCAUGACGCUGGUGCCCGGCCGUCCCAAAGAUGUGGCUAACUUCUUCCUCCUGCUGCUGGUCCUGGCGGUGCUGUUCUUUCACCAGCUGGUGGGCGACCCCCUCAAACGCUACGCCCACGCCCUCGUCUUCGGGAUCUUGCUCACCUGCCGCCUGCUCAUCGCCCGCCAGCCCGAGGAGCAGCCUGCCGAGAAGAGGGCCGUGUCCCUCGACGGCGAGGAGCAGCCCUGUGCCCCCGCGGGGGCCCCCGAGAAGGGCAAAGUGAAGGUGUCUUAGGGGAGCACCGACGCAGGGACGCUCCAGGAGGCUGCCUCCGAAAUGCCCAGGAAGAUUUCCGCGCCUUUUGUCCUUUCCUUUGGUUCACUUCCAUCUGGGUUUUUUUCCAGCGCCUAGAACAGUGCUUUGCACGUAGUAAGCGCUUAACAAAUACCAUCGUCAUCAUUAUUAUUGAAAGAAAGGAAGGAGGGCGACCGUGAUGGCUUCUGCACCCCCAGCCCCCAAACCCUCUUCUUCCUCCCGCUGCGUAACACAGACAGACACACAUACGCGCCCACGCGCCCCUUUGAUUGGUCCGGGGAGAUGCUCGCAUCUUGCACAAACAUGAGCGUGCGAGGCUGGCUGUAGCAACCAUGUGACUGUGUGGUACGUGUGAAAAUGUAGUUCGACCGUUUGCGUGUGCGUGCGGGAGCCAAAGCAGUUUCUGCUCCUCGACCAGCCCUAGAGUUAGCAGCGUCUAAAUGUGUCAGCAGUAGAAGCUGAGGUCGACUGCAACCCCAACCCACCUAGUCCCCCCUCGAGCUUGAAAAUAAUGAAGCAAGUCGACGAUUUUUGUUUUUUCCUGUUCUGCCUGAGCCUAAAACUGCCACCUUUCCACCUUUCCCACCAGGAUGUGGCUGCUGUCCCGGCUGCGGGAGCAGUGCUUUAUCGGCCAGGAGGGUGGGGAGUAAGGUUUAAUCCUCGGCUUGUGUGAGUGUGGGCAAAACGGAGGGGCUGCAAUAAAGGCGUCUCUGCGGAGAGAGCUCCCUUCCCCGCUGAAUCCUCACUUCAAUGUAACAGUAUUACCCGUGGCUAUUCCGAGUGGAUUUCCGAAGCUUCCCCAAGACUCCACAACUAUUCCCCACUUGGUCAGGGGAACGGCCCAGAUGGAGCCGGGCCGUUAGUCUGAGAAGCUGCUUCCACGGCCACAGGCCGCCGCGUCCCUGAAUGUUGUUAGAUCUGUUUUGUUUUGACUGUUGUUGUGCUGGGGUCGGGGUUCAUUGGGAUGAUUACUGUGUUGUUGGUUUUUUUUUUUUUGAAUUGGUUGCGGUUUCGGUGUUUGUCCUUUUUGUUUUUGGUCUCAUUCUUUCGAAAUAAACUUUUGGAAAUUUGGAGGAAA